CACUGCCUCUGCCGCUGGAGUUUCCCACCAGAAUUGGGCGAUUGACGUAUCCCCCAUGGCCUCGGGGGCCUCAAUGGUCAGAACUGAGCAGUAAUCAAUGUAGGCACAGGUCGAACUUUAUUACCAAGCACUCGAUAGUAGCUGCAGGAACAGCCGCACGUCCUAAAAAGUACAGACGGCUUUACAGGAGGAUGUAGCAGAAUCAAAAACAGCUCUUCGGGUGGCAGAUACAUUGUGGCUUCCUUUGGGUGCGGAGAGCCGUCUAGAAGCUUUUCCAAUUUGUCUCAAAGAUGAUUUUUUUUCUCUCUGGAUGUGAAGUGGAAGAUUCAAGGCUUUUGUGGUGCAGUUGUGGAGCCCUGAACCUCACGACCUGACGGAGGACCUGGACAUUUCUGAGUUCUUCUGCACAUCCAGUGUCUGCGCACUGACCUCGUACCAUCGAGCAGAGGUCCGAACUCGGAGGGAGACGCCGUCUCACCCUGAGACUUCAAUUCGUCCCCAUUCCAGGCGGUGAGGACUCACCGAUUCACUGACCCCGCUGGUCUGCAGGGGUCCCACCAUGGGGAAGACUGGGAAAAGUACAGUGGAUUUAAACUCCCCAACAGAGGUCAAACAAGCCGUUCCCUUUGAGGAGCUGGAUCCUGCGGCGCAGCUUGUAGAUGAAGAGCAGAAGAAAGAAGAGCCACCUGACAGGGGGAGUUGGAAGGGGAGGUUUGAUUUCCUUCUGUCAUGCGUGGGAUACGCCAUUGGCCUGGGAAAUGUCUGGAGGUUCCCUUAUCUGUGCGGCAAGAAUGGCGGAGGGGCCUUUCUGAUCCCGUACUUUUUGACCCUUGUGUUUGCGGGGAUUCCUCUCUUCUUCCUGGAGACGGCUCUGGGACAGUUCACCUCAGUAGGAGGCCUGGGAGUGUGGAGGCUCAUCCCUAUGAUGAAAGGUGUUGGUUUAGCUUCGGUAGUCCUGUCUUUCUGGCUCAACAUCUACUAUAUUAUCAUCAUUGCCUGGGCACUCUACUACCUAUUCAACUCCUUUGGUUCGGAGCUGCCUUGGCAGAGCUGCGAUAACUCCUGGAACACAGAGAAAUGCUUUUGCAACUACAGUCUGACCGACACCACAAACCUGACCAGUGCCGUCACAGAGUUCUGGGAGCGUAACAUGCACCAGUUGACCGACGGGCUGGAGGAGCCAGGCGAGGUUCGCUGGCCCUUAGUGGGCACCCUGGCGCUGGCGUGGGUCCUCGUCUAUUUCUCCAUCUGGAAAGGAGUGGAGUGGACAGGGAAGGUGGUGUAUUUCUCUGCCACGUAUCCCUACGUCAUGCUGUUCAUCCUCUUCUUCCGUGGGGUCACUCUGCCCGGAGCCAUUGAUGGCAUCCUCUUCUACAUCACUCCCGACUUCAACAAGCUCACCCGCUCUGAGGUGUGGCUGGACGCGGCGACUCAGAUCUUCUUCUCCUACGGACUGGGCCUCGGUUCGCUCAUCGCGCUGGGGAGCUACAACACUUACAAUAACGACGUAUACAGGGACUCCAUCAUUGUGUGCUUCAUCAACUCCUGCACCAGCAUGUUCGCUGGCUUCGUCAUCUUCUCCAUCGUAGGCUUCAUGUCCCAUAUUACCAAGAAACCGGUCAAGGAAUUAGCAGCAUCAGGUCCAGGUCUGGCGUUUUUAGCUUACCCUCAGGCUGUCACCCAGCUGCCCAUGUCUUCUCUGUGGGCCAUCCUCUUCUUCUCCAUGCUCAUGAUGCUGGGCCUGGACAGUCAGUUCUGCACAGUGGAAGGCUUCGUCACCGCUCUGAUGGAUGAAUAUCCCCUGGUGCUGAGGAAGAGGAAGAAGAUCUUCAUCCUGCUUGUCUGCCUGGUGUCUUUCGUCAUCGGCAUCUCCAACAUCACACAGGGUGGCCUCUACGUGUUCAAGCUGUUCGAUUACUACUCGGCCAGCGGGAUGUGUCUCCUCUAUCUCGUCUUCUUCGAGACUGUGUCCAUAUCCUGGUUUUAUGGAGCCGACAGGUUUUAUGACAACAUUGAGGACAUGAUUGGCUAUCGGCCGUGUGGCUGGUGGAAGCUCUGUUGGAAGUUCUUCACUCCGCUGAUCUGCCUGGGGGUGUUUACCUUCAGCGCCAUUGAGAUGACCCCGCUGACCUUGGGGAAGUACGUCUACCCGCUGUGGGGCCAAGCGAUCGGCUGGUUUAUGGCUCUGUCUUCAAUGAUACUCGUCCCAGGUUACUUCAUCUUCAUGUUCUGCGUCUCCAAGGGAAACAUCAAGCAGCGUUGGCGGAAGAUGACAACUUCCAGUGAGGAUCAAAAGCCAUCGGAGCGCGAGGAAUUCGGACACACGGGGCGCGUGGGCGAAGCUCUCGUCUAGCGAGGAUUGUUCAGGCGGAAAUGAUUCCCGUCUGCCGGGACAAAUGGACAGAUUGAGUCUCGUUCAGCAUUUCACUAUGACGUUUUCUUCAAUUUGAAAGUAUGCCGGCAUAAUCUGGCAAAUGCAAGAAGAAAACAAGGCUUUUCGAUAUUGAUACAUGUAGAGGAUACGUUUCGUUUUGCAGUGAAAGAGUGAACUGGGACUACAAAUUGAACCUUAUAGAUCAGCAGCAAACCUCUACCCAUAUGCCACAUGUGUACCAUUGAUGUUUAGAUCUAUAUUCUACUUGUGAAAAAGAUUAUCUUUGUCUACAAACUCACCACAUACGACCUGAAUGUUGUUGUACGGAAGGGUUAGAAAAAUCUGGUAAAACUUGAUUUGAGGUGUAAAACUGUAAUCCAUCGAAGAUGAUGAGCUUGCUAUCGCUUAACCAGCCGGCCACUGUGGUAUUUUGUCGGGCAAUAAAUGUGUCGGCCAUCCAGGUUGUCUUAAUGAUUACAACAGACUUGAAUAGAAUACUAAUAUGACGAGAGUUGUACAAGUUCUUUUACUCAGACAUUCCCCAAUUUGAAGCACUUUGAGAUUGAGUCAUUGUCUUGUUGAUUAAAUGAUUAUAUUACGCUUUUGUUUCUAUAAAUGAUUCGUUUAAACCUGUAAUUACUUAUUGGUCACAUGGGGGCAGCAGAAACAAACUCUACACAGAAUACCAUCAUAUUACAGAAGAACAUCCUUUUAAAAGUUGCCAAGUAACACAUCCACUGGACAGAGUGUUUUUUAUCAAGCUUUUUUAAACACCAAAGAGCUUUCUGCUGCUGAUGAGAUUUGAUAUUCUCCAAAACAUUUCAGCUAAAAGACAGACAACAAUCUGUGGGUUUGUUUUUGCAUUCAGCCCCUUUGACAUUGUCACAUUUGUUCAUUAAAAUGUAUUGAUUAUAGUUGAUUCAUCCGUUUUGAUUAUACUUUCUGGAGUAUAAAAAAAACAUUAGCUGAGUUUAGGUUUAUGAUGUGAUGAGUGAUAAAAAAAAGUAUCUUAUCACAUAUAAGGGGAAUAAAUAGACUAAAUUUGGCUUUAGAGGUGUUAAAAAAUCUAAUGUAUACAACCAAGAAGCAAACGCCUUGUUGUGAAUAGACUUAAAUCAUCUUUAAUAGCAUGUUGAUAUACUGCAAAGACAAGUAGAGAGGGAUUCAGAGCUAACUGAGGGAUGGUUGAUGGUUUAUAUGUGUAACACUCAGUUUCCACUUGUCUCACAAUAAAUGUGUCCACUCUA